AUGGGACGUAGGAAAUUUGAGGAUUACCACAUAACCAGGGACCACAUGAAUGAGUUGUUAAAUUCGCCAAACAUAAUUUAUGAAAAUCCGGACUCUUGGGAUAACUCUAUCUUCAACGCGCAACCGUCCCGUACGGACAAGCUUCUGUAUCGAAUAGAAUACAUGCGGGACGGGACAGCCAUAUACUACAAGCGGACCUUCGGAGAUUUCAGGAAGAUUUUCUGCUGCUUCUAA